AUGUAAAUUAAAAAAAUAUAAGAAAUCAAUUGCUAAUGUUGUGUAUAUAGAAACAACAUAAAAUUAUUAGUCAAGGGUGAAAAAGGUUUAUUAAGAAAAGUGGUUAUUUCUUUAUAUGAAAGAUAUCCUCCUUAAGCAGCACCUAUUAUCAAACCAUCUAUAAAACUAAAAUAACCUACUUUAGAAUAAUUGUUUUCCCGCCAAAAAUAGGCAAAAGAAGAAGCUAAAGAGUAAAUUUAAAAAUAGCCUCUUGAAAUGCAAGUCUAUAUAAAGGUCUAUUGUCUAGGAGAGGAAUUGUUUUGCUUUAACUUAGAUGAAAGCAUAAAUCUAUGUAAAUCAGAAGUGAGAUAAUAAACACUCAAUUUAUAAUUUGCUGAUAGAAUUCUGUCACUUUAUGAAUGUCCAAAUGAAAUAUUAGAAUAAUUUAGAUCUAUCUUAAUUUGUAUCUAUAGAUUACAUUAUCUUUAGAAUUAUAAAGAGAUAAAAAAUAAUUAAUGAAUCACAGUAUUAAAACAUAAAAUCAGCCAGCAAUUGUAUAAUAGCAAUAAUAUCCAGAAAUCCAACCAAAAGAAAUACAAGAAAAAAGAGAAUUAAAUGAUUUCUAAAAGCUUAAACUUUAGAGAAAAUUAUUAGCUUCACAAUAAUAAUAGUAAUAAUAAUAAAUCGAAUAAAUACCUAAGUAAAUUAAAUCCAAAUAAUCAGAAAAUCUUAAUUCAUUUAAAUAAAUAAAUAUUAAAUUCUAAUUACCAUCAAUUCUAUGGUCAUAUAUAUUAUCAUUCAUUGAUAUGCAUUAAUUGUUAAGAUUAAGAUUAGUAAAUAAAUUAUUUGGAUAAUCAAUCAAUAAUUAAAUUCAUACCUUAAAUUAUUAGCAUGUAGGUGAAAUUCCCUAUGACACUUUAUGUAGAACAUUAACAAAAUUUACUAAACUAAGACAUUUGAAUUUUGGUCCUUUAAAGUUCAUCAAACCUUCAUAAUUAUAAGAUAUUAAAAUAAAUUCUAUCCCUCAUCUACUUAGCUUAAAUUUUAAAGAUUAUCAUGCUUUGACUGACAAAUUGUGUUCAAAAUUUAUUUAUUAAUGUGUUAAUCUGAAAUCAUUAGUUUUACCUUACAAUUCAAAAAUUACAAAUGAAACUAUUACAUUAAUAUCUUAAAAACUCCCAUAUCUCGAAAGUUUAAAGCUAGUCGAAAAAGAAAAAGCCCAACUUAAUGAAGAUAUUGACUUUACAUCAUUUUUACCAAUAUUUUAACUCCGACAUCUUAGUUACAUCAGAAUUCCUUUUUUGUAAAUAGAAUUUUUUAUGAAAUAUUCGUAAUCAAAUGAACAGAAUCCUUUUAAUUCAAUAAAAUAGAAAAUUAAAUUUGGUACUAUAAUAUUUUAAGUUUUAAAUGCAAAUCAAAUUUCCUAAUUUUUAAGUUUUCUUUAAAUCAACAAUUAGAUUAAUAAGUUAAGCUUAGGAGAAUUAUAAAUGAAAAAUUAAACUUCUUUGAAACAUUCUGUAUUAUUUGAUGAGAGAAUUUUUUAGCAAUUAAAUGGUAAUUAAAUAUUUUAUUUAAAGGGAUUUUUAAUUUCAGUUUUGGAGGGUUUGCGGAUGACGAAUUUUGCAAAAAACUCUGUACAAAUAAUCCUUAAAUUAAAUAACUUAAAAUAAGAUCAAAAAUGAUUACAGAUGAGGGUUUGAAAGUAAUUUAUUUAUUUUUAUUUUGAAUAGAAUAUCUUUUUAAAAUGUAAAUCAAUUGAGAAAAUUGAUGUAGCAUUUUGCUCUAUGAUAUGUGGUACAGGAUUUGAAUAUUUGAGUGAUAAAUCUCUUACUUUAGAAUAUCCAAAAAUUUAUAUAACUGUCACUCUAGAUGAUUACAAUAUGAAAUGUUUGGAGGAAUUAUUAGAACGAAAAGCAUAUGAUUGCAAACCAAAACUUAGAAAAAUUUAAAAGAAAAAUUGA